AUGUUGGACACAAAAAGUAUUGUUUGCCUUGAUGUCAAUACUAGAUGGAAUUCUACAUAUUUAAUGUUGGAUGUGGCUUUGAAGUUUCAAAAGGCAUUUGAAAGAUUAGAGGAUGAGGAUGAAGAUUUUGUUAGUUACUUCAACAAAGGUUCAAAGCGUCGUGCUCAGAGUGACUUUUCUUAUUUAGAGAGUAGCAUGGAUGCUUAUGUUUAUAGGCAAGAUGCUAGACCCGAUGACGACAUGGAUGCUUUUGCUUACUCUAGGCAAGCUCCUCCUAAGCGUAAUGGCCCUCCAAACAAACAAGCUUGGAAUAAAGCACGGUUCUUUCUUAAGUUCUUGAAGCUUUUUCCUACCCCUGACCUUUGCAAGUCCAUGAAGAAUAAGGCAAGAGACACUUUGUAUCGCCUAUUUGAGGAAUACUCUACAACAAUUGGUCCUGAUACAAGCAGUUCUGGUAGUAUCAACUCUUCAAGUGCUCUUGACACUAACACUUCAAAUGCAAGUAAAGGUAAAAAAGACCCUGGUCGUAGAUGGUUAGCACCCCAGAAGCAAAAAAGCUCAUCAGUUGAUACCCAAUCAGAGUUAGAUAGAUACCUUCCUACUAGUACAUCUAAGGACACCCCUAUUGAUGAUUAUGAUGAUGAUUUUGAUAUCUUGACAUGGUGGAAGUUAAUUCUACCAAUAUCUACAGUUGCUUCUGAAUCAGUUUUUAGCACUGGAGGACGUGUUGUUGAUGAUUAUAGGAGUUCUUUAUCUCCUAAGAUGAUUGAAGCACUCAUUUGUGCCCAGAAUUGGCUAGUUACAGGGAAAUCUCUCUCAGAGUUUGUUUCUAUAUUUUAUGAGGUUGACAAUUUUCAAGAAACAGACGAUGUGGUUAAUGUUGCAGAUGCUUUAAGUAUUAUUGACGCUAAGGAGAUAAUUAUUUAA